AUGCUAUCAUUGUUACUGAUUUUUACAAUUAUCAUCAUCAUUUUCUAUUAUAAAUGGGUGAAAACGUUCCCGCCUGGACCUUUCCCAUUGCCGAUUAUUGGAAAUUUGCAUCAACUGGCCACAGCCAGCCAUCCCCACAAAAGAAUUGAGGAACUUGGAAAAGAAUAUGGGAAAGUUUUCACUGUUUUCUUGCCACUGCCUGUCGUUGUUGUCACUGGUUUAGAGGAGACAAGAGAAGCACUUCUUGGAUCAAAAGGCGAUAAUUUCUCUUCUCGACCCGAUAAUCCAUCAGAUUCCCUUUUCAUGAACAUUCCAAAUGGGGGAGUCAUUUUCUCGGAGGGAAAACAAUGGAAUGAGCAAAGAGCUUUCACGUUGUCGACUUUGAGAUAUUUUGGCGUUGGCUCGCAAAUCAUGGAGCAGAAGAUCAUCAGCUCAGUGCAAGCACUUUUCGAUCACUUUGACAAAUUAGAUUUAUCUUGUCUUGACAUCAAUUGGCCUGUUCAUUUAUGUGUUGGAAACGUGAUUCACGAGGUUCUCUUCGGAGAUCAAGUUCCAUAUGGGAAAGCUCAUGAGAUGCGAUAUUUUCAGGACUUGAUCGAUGAGGCGAUGCAAAUGGUUCGCAGUAGAGCCUCAGUGCUUGUCGUUCAGGCUCUACCCUGGACCCGGCACUUACCCUUGAUCGGUUAUUGGGGCUACUGGCAACUACGAAAUAUUGCGCUCGAGUUGAUUAAAUAUGUGAACGAACAAGUGCAACGAGUACAAGAGAAAGAUGAGGGAAUCGAGGAGAACUUUGUGUCGGCUUACUUGCGGGAGAUCAAAAAACGCGAGAAACUCGAGGAGGAAACCUCUUUCAACGAUGGGAAUCUCGUGAACACGGUCACUGAUCUCUGGCUGGCUGGUAUGGAAACGGCGGCGACGACGAUCCGAUGGGCGAUCACGCUACUCACCGCUCAUCCAAAAGUGCAGGAAAAAUUGGCUGCUGAGCUUGACGAGAUCGUCGGCGAUCGAAUGAUCUCAAUGAGCGACAAGCAACGAUUGCUUUAUGCACAGGCAGUCGUUUGCGAGAUUCAUCGUGUCUCAAACGUGGUCACUUUCAACGUUUUUCACAAAACAUAUCGCGAUGAUACUUUAGCUGGACAUUUCAUACCAGCUGGAACAACUGUACUCCCGCAAGUGAGCGCCGUUUUAGAUGAUGAGCAGAUUUUCGAGAAUGCCCACGAAUUUAACCCGGAACGCUUCAUAAAAAGGAAAAACGAUGGAAUUGAGCUUUUGAAAGAUGAAAUGGAUAAAGUAAUCGCUUUUUCAUUGGGCAAACGACAGUGCGCUGGCGAGGCUCUAGCAAGAAUGGAGGUAUUUCUCAUCACUCUUUCCAUUGUUCAACGAUAUCGCCUACUCCCAGCCGAUUCAAGUCAAUUGCCCAAAUUGAAUCCAAUUUUCGGCAUCCUCCAAACCCCGAAACCCUUCGAAUGGCGGCUUCAAAAUAGAAAAAUUUCAAAAUAU